AUGGGAGAAAUCGAAGACAAGGAAAAGGCUGAGAAGCUGGCAGCCGCGAAGAAGAGGGUCGCUCAACUCCAAAAGAAGAAGAAAGCAGCCACCGGUUCAACCAACGUAGGCGAGAAGUCGGUAGCGAAAGGCAAAGCAAAGAAAGCCGACAAACCCAAGGACGACGAGGUAGAUGGAGCUGAGGCCGAGCAUGAAGAAGCAAUAGAAGCUACAGACGACACCACGAAGCCGGCGGACACCGAUGGUACAAGCCCAGCCACGCAGGCCCCUGCCGAAGCAGACGAAGAAGGUCCCCAAGACGCAGGAACCGUACAUUCUCCUGAUACCUCAUCUCCUCCUCCAGUAGAAGCGGAGCCUACCUCUCCUACCAAGGGCCCGCGACUCUCCAGUCGGCAGCCAAGCGUCAGCAUACAGAGUAAGAUCCGAAGCACUAGCUUCAGGGAUAAUGGACCACUGAGUCCGGCCGUGGCCCCGGGGACCUUGCUCCGCAUUGAAGAACUUGAGCGAGAAAACAAACGCCUGGCAAAAGAGGCGGAGGAGCACGAGAAGAGAUGGCGGCGUGUGGAAGAGGAACUGGAGGAACUGCGCGAGCAGAACGCAGAGAAAAUGGCCGAUUCGGCGAGUAACGAGCAGAGCGGCACUGAAGUCAGCAGACUCCGCGCCGAAAUCGAGACAUUAAGACGCAGAUUGGAUACGUCAAGUCGGCGCGAGAGCGUCGGCGCCAAUGACGGUGGUCUCUUACGUGCAGAACUUGAGAGCAAGGAUGCUACAAUUGCUGAUAUGCAACUCGAGAUUUCCCGGUUACGAGGGCAGUUAUCGAGCCAGACCGCAGGGUGCGAGACGCACGGGGAGCAAAUUGCGGCGUUGCAGGCCAAGCUCUCAAGCGCAGAGGUGAAAAUCAAAAGCCUGGAGACCGAGCUUGGUGACAGCAAAAAGGCGCUCAGCAAAGCCAGCGAAAAGGCCGUCAUUGACGGUACGGAGAGGACGAGUAAAGACACAAAGAUUCGCGGACUGGAAAGAGAACUAGGUGAGGCCCUCACCCAGAAAGGCGAGCUCACGAAGAAAGUCGAGCAGCUGGAUAAGAAGAUUGAGGCAAUGAACAAGCUACAUCGGGAGGCCGAAUCGAGAAAUGCGGCGAAGUUUGCGAGCGCAGAAGCGAGCGCGAGAGAGUUACCUGCACUACGAGAAAAGGUUGCUAAGACCGAAAGUGAAAAUGCGAGGUUGAGAGAGAAGCACAAACGCGCUAUGAGUGGGGAUGGAGGUGGUGAAGGGUUGGAUGAGCUUGAGGACGAAGAGAGACAGAAACUCGAGAGAAGGAUCAGAGAGCUCGAGGGACAGGUCUUUGAUCUCCAGCGAGGCGUAUGGAGAGACAAGAGGAUACAGAUGCAGCCCAGAGGAGACGAAGAUUCGAGGACAUCGUUGGAUCAGGCGGAAGAGUUCGAUGAGGUCGACCUAUCUGGCUCCGGGAAUGCCAGCAGGCGGAGGAGCUCCGCGAAUGGUCUACAGCAGGGCCAGACGAGGCAUUCCGGCUUCACGCAGGUCUUGAAUUCAGGGUUGGCGGCCUUCAGAGCCAGCACCACAUCACCAGAUGCGCAUCAUCGACAGUCGACGAGACCGAGGAAUGAUUCUCUACUGGAGGAGUUCGAUGACGACGCUUUUGACGAAGGUGCGUUUGCAAGGGCGCAGCGAGAAGAAGAGCAGCGGAAGAUGGUCGAGCACGUGCGGGAAGUCAAGAGCGGACUGAGGCAAUGGACAGGAUGGAGGUUGGACCUAGUAGAUGCGAGACGGGCCGGUGCUGGUGUUGGCUUUGGAGAAAUAUUUGAUGUAUAG